AUGUCAGCCCAUCCGCGGAUCGAAGAACUCCCCGACGACUUCGACGAGUCGCUAGACCUCAACGCCGUUCCCCCGCAACCAACGACCCCGCCCACCGCAGGCCCCGAGCUGCCCGUCCCCGGAAACGAAGAACGCCUGAAGCAAUUAGAGCAGGAUGGACAGGGGCCGAAGCUUCCACCCGCUAUGGCGGCCGUGGAGUCGCAUACGACAGAUGAGCUCGCGGAUAUCCUGAACAAGACGCCGCUGUUUAUGACGGAUAUUAGCAAGGCGGGGGAUGAGAACGGCGAGAAUAUCAUGUUAGAUGCGCUCCGUGCGCUCCAGAACGAGGGAACGCGCGGCGACGUCGCGCAGAAUUUCCGCGAGCAGGGCAACGAAGCGGCGAGGGAGAAGAGGUGGAUCGAUGCGAAGGAAUACUAUACCAAGGGCCUUGCGGUGCUGCGGUCCAAGGAGCAGAAGUGGGAUAAGCCUGAGGAUGAGAACGAGGAGGAGAGGCUGCAGCGGGAGGUCGAGGAGGCGUCGUAUAUCAACCGGGCGCUGUGCAACUUGGAGCUGAAGAACUACCGCUCAACGACGCUCGACUGCGCCGCCGUCCUAAAGCUGAACCCCAAGAACGUCAAAGCCUACUACCGCUCCGCAAUGGCGCUCUAUGCGCUCGACAAGAUCCCUGAAGCCGAAGACGUUGCUGCCCGCGGCUUGACGCUCGACCCAAACAACAAACCCCUCCAAACCGUCUCGUCCAAGAUCGCCGACCGAAAAGCCUCUCUCGAACGGAUAGCUGCGAAACGCAAAGCCGAGGACGAGCGGACGAAGAAGGAGAAGUUGCUACUGAGCACAGCCCUGCGUGCGCGCCAAAUCCGCACCCGCAAGACCGGUCAGCCGCCUGAGAUGGAGGACGCGAAUAUCAGACUCACGCCUGACCCGCUCUCGCCGGAGAGUACGCUUGAGUUCCCGACCGUGCUGCUGUACCCGAUGGACGCGCAGUCCGAUUUCAUCAAGGGAUUCCCGGAGGCGACGUCUAUUGAGGACCAUCUGGAGUAUAUCUUCCCGCUGCCGUGGGAUACUAAGAAGGAAUAUACGAUUCAGAACGUGGAUUGCUACAUGGAUACGCACACUGGUGGCCUUAUCAAGGCGGGCAAGAAGCUUCCGCUCCUGCAGAUUCUCAGCGGGAGUAAUGUGGAGGUUGUGGAUGAGUUGGUGAAGAUUUACGUCGUUCCUAGCCAGAAGAGCAAGGACUUUAUCGCUGCAAUCAAGGCGAGGAAGACGAAGGCGGGAUGA